UCUCCUUUCUCUCACCAACAUUAAACCCUUCUCUUCUCUUCAAACCUCUUCUUCUUCUUCUUCGUUAAGCCUUCGACUCGUUUUGGCCUUGCUUUCGCAGCAUCAACAUGGUGCUCACAAUCGAGGGCGCGACGAAUUCCGUCGAGGCGGUGGCGUUCAGUUUUCUAACGGACGACGAGUUGCGGAGGAGCAGUCGCGUGAAGAUAACGAAUCCUGUUUUGCUCGAUAGUUUGCUCCACCCUGUGCCUGCUGGAUUAUACGACGCCGCUUUUGGCCCGCUCGAUGAGAAGUCUACUUGUAAGUCAUGUGGUCAAACUUCUAAAAAUUGCCCGGGUCAUUUCGGUCAUAUUGAGCUUGUUUCCCCUGUUUACAACCCUUUGAUGUUCAAUAUUCUUAGCAAUAUCAUACAAAGAACUUGUUUCUCUUGCCAUCAUUUUCAGGCUAGCAGACAAGAGGUGGAUCUGCGUACGUCCCAAUUGGAGCUCAUAAUGAAGGGGGAUAUUGUUAAGGCGAAAAGUUUGGAUUCUAUUAAUCAAGAUGAAUCCAUACAUCCAGGUGAUGGUGAUGAGAGCCACUCUUGUGCUGAGCAACUGGGAGAUAAUUGGACCUCCCUUCAAUUCAGCGAGGCAAUGUCUGUUUUAAGGAAAUUUCUGCUUAGGAAAUAUAGGAAGUGUCAAAAUUGUGGAGUCAUCAAUCCUAGAAUCAGCAAACCAACCUUUGGAUGGUUUCAUAUGAAUGUUCUCUCAGCUGAUCAAGCUAGAGCAAAUACUGUUAGAGCUGUGGCAAGUGAAACAGCCAAUGAUGAUAUAUCUUUAGGUGGUGGGGAUACUACAGAUGAAGAAGAUAUUACCUCUGCUGAGACUGCAAAAAGAGAUAAUAGAAAAAGCAGGAAAUUGUCUUACAAGCUUGCUGCACAAAGUAAACUUUCUGGGUCUUUGUUACCAUCCCAGGUUAAAGAUAUUUUGGAGCUUUUGUGGGAAAACGAGGCUCGACUCUGUUCUUAUAUAAGUGAUAUUCAAGAUCAGGGGUUUGGAAAGAAAGCUGGUCACUCAAUGUUCUUUCUAGAGAAUAUUUUUGUGCCACCAAUCAAAUUCCGUCCCCCAACUAAAGGAGGUGAUAAUGUGAUGGAACAUCCUCAAACUGUUUUGUUGAUUAAGGUUUUACAAUGCAACAUAUCCUUAGGAGAUGCCCACCUAAAUAAGUCAGAUCCGUCAAAGGUUCUAAGCCGGUGGAUGGAUCUUCAGCAAUCUGUAAACGUGCUAUUUGACAAUAAAACUGCUUCUGGCCAGAGAGAUGUGGCUACUGGAAUUUGUCAAUUGCUGGAGAAGAAGGAAGGCAUCUUUCGCCAGAAAAUGAUGGGAAAGAGGGUUAAUUUUGCAUGCCGCUCUGUCAUAUCACCAGAUCCUUAUUUAGCAGUCAAUGAAAUUGGGAUUCCCCCAUAUUUUGCAUUAAGAUUAUCGUAUCCUGAGAGAGUGACUCCUUGGAAUACAGUCAAGUUAAGGAAUGCUAUCCUUAAUGGUCCUGAAUCUCAUCCUGGUGCUACUCACUAUGAAGAUAAAGUAUCAACAGUCAGGCUUCCACCAAAAGGGAAGUUGCUUUCUUUGACAGCAAGGAAAUUACCAUCCUCAAGAGGGGUUAUUUUGCAACAUGGGAAGAUAGCUGACCAUGAAUUUGAAGGGAAAGUUGUGUAUCGUCACUUGAAGGAUGGUGACGUUGUGCUUGUCAAUCGACAGCCAACACUCCAUAAACCUAGCAUAAUGGCACAUAUAGUUCGCGUUCUAAAGGGGGAGAAAACUGUACGCAUGCACUAUGCAAACUGUAGUACUUACAAUGCUGAUUUUGAUGGUGAUGAGAUUAAUGUUCAUUUUCCACAAGAUGAAAUUUCUCGGGCUGAAGCUUACAAUAUAGUAAAUGCUAACAAUCAAUAUGUGAAACCUACUAGUGGCGAUCCAAUCAGAGCUUUGAUUCAGGAUCAUAUUGUAAGUGCUGCUCUUCUUACCAAAAAGGAUACAUUUCUAAGUUAUGAAGAGUUCAAUCAACUGCUCUACAGUUCUGGUGUAUCCAUGGCUGGGCUAGGUUCAUUCUAUGGAAAACAUGGGCAGAAGGUUUUCGUGUCAAAUUCUGAAAGUGAAAUGUUUCUGUUUCCUCCGGCAAUAUGGAGGCCUGAACCCCUAUGGACUGGAAAACAGGUUAUCAGUGCAUUGCUCUGCUAUAUCACCAGAGGUUCACCACCAUUCACAGUUGAGAAGAAUACAAAAAUCCCCCCUAAUUUUUUCAAGACUCAAAUCAGAGAGGGAAAACGAUACAAUCUAGAUACAUCAAGAAAGAAGGAUGAGCCUGAUGAGGAUAAGUUAUUGAUAUAUAAAAAUGAUUUGGUUCGGGGUGUAGUUGAUAAGGCUCAAUUUGGUGACUAUGGUAUAAUACAUACAGUGCAAGAACUUUAUGGAUCUAAUGUUGCUGGAAACCUACUUUCAGCAUUAAGUCGGUUGUUCACUACCUUUUUGCAGAUGCAUGGGUUCACAUGUGGAGUAGAUGAUCUUAUGAUAACAGAAGGAAAGGAUAUUGAAAGAAUGAAUCAACUCAAAAGUUGUGAGGAAAUUGGUGACAUUGUUCAUCGAGAAUUUACUGGAGUGAUGGAUAAUGAUAAUAUAGAUCCAAUCACGUUGCAGUUGAAUAUUGAGAAAAAAAUACGCUGUAAUGGAGAAGCAGCCUUAACAUACUUGGAUAGGAAGAUGAUAAGCAAUCUUAACUCAAGAACAAGCUCAGGGGUAUUAAAGGAGCUACUAUCUGAAGGAAUAUUGAAACCUUCGGGAAAAAAUUGGAUUUCUCUUAUGACUACAUCUGGAGCUAAGGGUAGUAUGGUGAAUUUUCAGCAGAUAUCUUCUCAUUUAGGCCAGCAAGAGUUGGAAGGAAAACGAGUUCCACGCAUGGUUUCUGGAAAGACCUUACCAUGCUUUUCUCCCUGGGAUUGUUCCCCCAGAGCAGGAGGAUUCAUUAUUGAUCGGUUUCUUACAGCCCUUCACCCACAGGAAUAUUACUUUCAUUGCAUGGCUGGUCGUGAAGGAUUGGUUGAUACUGCUGUCAAAACAUCUCGGAGUGGUUACCUGCAAAGAUGCUUAAUGAAGAGCCUUGAGUGUCUUAAAGUUUGUUACGAUCAUACUGUCCGUGAUGCUGAUGGUUCUAUUAUUCAGUUCCACUAUGGAGAAGAUGGUGUUGAUGUCCAUCAAACUAGCUUUAUCACCAAAUUUGAAGCAUUAUCAACUAAUAAAGAAUUGUUCUAUAGCAACUGUUGCCGUCAGAUAGACAGAUCCAGUCCAUAUAUCAACAAAUUGCCUGAUGCUCUUAAAGCAAAAGCUGAAAAUUUCAUUCGUGAUCUGUCUUCAAAAGGGAAAAAUCUUGGUUCUAUGAAGCGAAGAGAAUUCUUAAAGUUGAUGGAGCAUAAGUAUGUCUCAUGUCUCGCUCAACCAGGUGAACCAGUUGGUGUAUUAGCUUCUCAAUCUGUUGGAGAGCCAGCAACGCAGAUGACUUUGAAUACUUUCCACCUUGCUGGUCGAGGUGAAAUGAAUGUGACCCUUGGAAUUCCACGUUUGCAAGAAAUCGUGAUGGCUGCUGCACGUGAUAUCAAAACUCCAUUUAUGACAUGCCCCUUGAGACCCAAUAAAUCUAUGGAAGAUGCCAUUUGUCUUGCCGAUAAGUUGAAGAAGAUCACUGUAGCUGACAUAAUUAAGAGUAUGAAAGUUUCUGUUAUACCAGUAACCGUUCUUGGUGGUCAGGUUUGCAGUAUAUAUAAACUUGUCAUGAAGCUAUAUAAACCUAAACAGUAUCCGAAGUACACUGAUAUUACCCUUGAAGACUGGGAGGAUACUCUAAGAGUUGUCUUUGCGAGAGAGUUGGAGGAUGCCAUUGAAAAUCACAUGACAUUGCUUUCUAAAAUUAGUGGCAUAAAGAAAUUCAAGACACCACAAUCACAUCAUUCAAACAGCUCAGAAAGUGCUCACAGCAAUGAAUCAGAAUUUGAGAAAAAAGGUCAAAUUAAUGAUGAUGAUGAUGGUGUUGUUGAAGAUACCGAAGGGUAUGAAGAUCUUGGUUCAGAUGCACAAAAGAGAAAACAGCAAGGUACUGAUGAGGUUGAUUAUGAGGAUGGUCCCGAAGAGGAAACACGUGAUGGUGAGCUAUCAGAGGAAAUUGAUGGUGAUGAGGAAGGCAGUGAUACUGAUGUCAAUGAGAAUGAUAAUAAUGUCACACUUGAUGCUAAUAAUUCUGAAGGACUACAAAAACCCUCCAAGUCAAAGUCUAUUGGUGAAAAAGAUAACAAACAGAAGAGAAAAUCUGAACCAGCUUCAAAAAAAUAUGAUAGGGCAGUUUUUGUGAAAGCUAAAGGGAUGCAUUUUGAGAUCCACUUUAAAUUUACUGGAGAACCUGACAUUUUGUUAACUCAGAUUGCUCAGAGAACAGCCAAGAAGGUUUGCAUCCAAAAUUUUGGAAAAGUUGGUGAAUGUAAAGCUAUUACUUGUAAAGAAAGUGGAGUUGUCUACUAUGGUGAAGAUGGCAGAAAAAGAGAUGAUAUUCCAGCCUCAGUUAAAGAAAAAAUACCAGCACUUCAGACAUCAGGGGUACAUUUUAAAACAUUUUGGGAGUUGGAAGAUAGUCUUGAUGUUAGGUACAUUUAUUCAAACAACGUGUAUGCUAUGCUAAACGCAUAUGGGGUGGAAGCCGCGAGGGAGACCAUCAUCAGGGAAAUACAGAAUGUUUUCAAGUCUUAUGGUAUAUCUGUAAAUAUCCGGCACUUGACACUCAUUGCCGACUUCAUGAUGCACUCCGGUGACUAUCGCCCGAUGAACAGAACAGGGAGCAUAGCAGACUCUACUUCUCCUUUCAUCAAAAUGUGCUUUGAGACAGCUUCCAAAUUCAUUGUUGAAGCAGCUUAUCAUGGGCAGGUGGACAACUUGGAAACACCAUCUUCUAGAAUUUGUCUUGGUUUGCCAGUGAAGAUGGGAACUGGGUGCCAUGACUUGAUACAGAAAUUGGAGAUUUGAUAUUGUUGCCUUGUUCUUCAGCUUUAGACCUUUGGCCCCCAAAUGCUUGGAGGUCAUGGCAAUUUUGAUACCAUAAUUGUACACUAUCAAAUGCCAAAUUUUCAUGGCCAUUGUUAUGCGGCUUCAAUGUAGUUUGUUUGGAAGUAGUAGUAGCAUAGCCUGAAAUGCCAUUCCUUGUCCAAUGUCUAUACAUAGGUGAGUUUUCCUCGGGCCUUGAUUUUCCCGCUUGGUCUUGAGUGUAACGUUUUCACAUAAUUUAAAUAUUUUUCU